GGCAAGCAGAGGUGUGUGUGUGUGUGUGCAGGGAGAUAUCGCUGAAAUAAAAAACAGGAAGAGGAGAUAGAGCAGCGCCUUCUCUGAAAUACUUUUUGGAUCUCCAGCUGUCAAAGUUCCUCUUCUGUCCCUUACCGAAGGUCCCUCUCAUGGGCAAAGUGAAGGGCGAGUCUGGGCGCUUUGCUCGGAGGCCAGACAACUCUGCUUUCAAACAGCAGAGGCUACCUGCCUGGUCUCCCAUGCUAACAGCUAACACUGUGCUGCCUUUCUUCUACUUCAUGGCUUUGAUAUGUAUGCUACUGGGAGUAUGGCUGCUUCUUACAGUGCAGAGCACACAGGAAAUAAAGCUGGACUACACAGAAGCCGGGACGUGUGAUAUAUGUUUUGAAAAGCGUAAAAAUGUGAGCUAUGCGGCACAAACCUGCAGCUGCAAGGUGGUGUUUCCCAUCGAGAAAGCAUUCAAGGGAGAUGUCUUUUUCUACUAUGGCCUCCAAAACUUCCAUCAGAACCUCCGCAGAUACAUGGACUCCAGAGAUGAUGGACAGAUGGUUGGCAGGAAGAAAAACUUAAAGAACCCGAGUUCAUACUGCGAGCCAUAUGCCAAAGACCAAAAUGAACUCCCUAUUGCCCCCUGUGGCGCUGUGGCCAACAGUAUCUUUAAUGACUCCUUUUCUCUGACCUAUCACGGCUCCAGUGGUCUUUCAGUGCCGGUUCCUCUGUUAAGGGAGGGUAUCGCCUGGUAUACGGACAAAAAUAUCAAGUUCCGCAAUCCAAAGAUUGAUAACUUAACACUGGCUCAAGUUUUUGAAGGUACAGUAAAGCCUCUGUACUGGCAGAAGCCUGUGUAUGAGCUUGAUACCCACAACCCGACCAACAACGGCUUCAUCAAUGAUGACCUGAUCAUAUGGAUGAGAGAGGCAGCCUUCCCCAACUUCAAGAAGCUCUAUGGAGUUUUAUACCGAGCCAACAAUCCCUUUACUAAGGGUCUGCCAGAAGGAAAUUACAGCAUUGAGAUAUCGUAUAACUUCCCAGUGCAGUACUUCCAAGGCAGAAAGGAAGUGGUGCUGACCACACUGACCUGGUUUGGAGGUCAGAACCAUUUCCUGCCCAUUGCUUACCUAGUAACCAGCAGCUUGAUCCUACUGAUAGCCGUCACCCUCACUGUGGCCUGGUUAAAGUUCGGGAAGAAUGGGAAUAACAUGGAGGAAUGAAGCAUAAAACGUGCUCUGGGAUGGUGAAAAACUCACAAGCAGCUGAAAAGUGAUAAUUCUCGCGUUGCUUAGGAGCGGUUUUAAACAGAUAACAAAUCUGAAAUGACAAGAACAUUGUUCAUUUGAUACAAUACCACAGCAGCAUGUGUUGGAAAGCCAAUGGAGAAUCAAGUUUGACAUCUGGAAAUUUACUUUCCCUAUCAACUAAAUGAUCCACAUGUGUUACGGCUUCUAUUGCGAUGAUGUUGCUCUGAACAACACACUGAAAGUUGGGGGUAUUAGAACAGGCUUCAAGCUUUCUCUACAUCUCUUAAUUUUAAAGCACACCAUUUUGUCUGUGCACUGUUAAUAUUUAUGAAUAUAAUUAUAUUACUUUAACAUUUACUAAAAUCCAGUCAUGGUGUUGAGGCUGCAUUUCACAUCUCAGUAAAUGUAAAGUGGAAAAACGACUCUUUAAUAAAGUGUAACAGAAGUACACCAUCUGUGAGACAAUCCCUGUAAUGCCAAUUAUUAAGAUUGAAUAAAAGGUGACAUUUU